UAAGAUGUUUAAGAAGUAAAAACUGAUUAAUAUAAUUACUUGGAUUCCUAUAGGUCCUUUUUAAAGUUAUAAAUGACGUAUCAUAACUCUAUAUCCGUCUCUUCAUAUUCUUCUCCCAUCUCCAAAAUUUCCUUUAAAUUGUUUUAAACAACCCUAAAGCAGUUAUGGAUAAUGAUAAAGGAUGCAGAAGGUUCAUCUUGGUUGAUGAUGAGUACAAGUUCUUCUUUGAUCAUCAUCUUAGUGGUGGCGACAACACUUUUCUCCCUCCCUUUGACGAUGACAAUGUGGAAUCUGAAACUCGUAGUCUUGGUUUCAAGUUUUCUGGUGGUUCAAAAAGAUCAAAGAAACCAAUCAACAACAGAGUUUCUCAGAAGAGAAAGAGGAAAGAGAUUGGGUCCGAGGAUGAGGCUUCAAGAGCUGUUCCGGUAGCUACAACUAGAGAAAGCAUUCAACGUGACAAUAGAGCUUCUGAACGAAGAAAGAGGAAGAUGGCUGAGUUUGAGUCCGCUAGUGUUUCAAGGAACCAAGUAAAAAUCCAACAAGACAACAAAGCUAGGAAAGUGUCAGAGUCAACAAAGGUUAACACUUCACGGGAUGUUCCUUUGGUUAGAGCCACCCAACGAGACAACAAAGCUAGGAAAGUGUCAAAGGUUGACACUUUAAGGGAUGUUCUGUUGGUUAGAACCAAAGAAACCAUCCAACAAGACAGCAAAGCUAAGAAAAUGUCAGAUGUUCCCUUGUUUAGGACCAAAGAAGUCACUAGAAGAGACAAAAGGGUUGCUGAACGAAGAAAGAAGAAGAUUGAUGAAACUAAAGCAGCAGGGACUUCAAGGGUUGUUCAUGUGGAGAAAGUAAAUAGAGAUGUAGACAAGACUCCAAGGGUUGUUCCAGUGACACAAAGCAACAAAGGAGUUUCUGUUGGGACAAGGAAGAAGAAGAAUGAAGCAGCUGUGGAUAAAGACUACGUGAGCUACCUCACAUGGCUUGUAGACUCUCUUAAAGCUUCCACAACUACUGUUCCUGUUCAGUCUGAAAAGGAUCUAUUAGCAAAAGUAAAGGUUGAGCAAGAUACUGAGUCUUGUUCUGAUGAUGGUGAUGAUGAUAUAAUGGUUAGUGAUUCCCCUUUCUUGAGUGGAGAUAGAACUACACCUUUUGUGGUGUCCAAGAGCAAGACAGUGAUUGAUCUCGAGAAAGAUAGUACAGAGGACGAGAGUAGAAACUGUGUGUUUACCAAAGAGCUAAUGGAAGCUUUGGAGAAACCAUAUGAUAAAAGAGAGUUGUUGAAGCUCUUUGGUGAUGUAUCAAAGAAAAAACCAGUGAUUCGGUGUAAAGAACUGAGAAAUGGAAGAGUAAAGAAUUAUGAGACUUCUGAGUUGGCACCUUCUUAUCUUGAGAAAGUGUCUGAUUUCGAUAGAGAAUACAAGCGUGUGAAUGGUGAUGAUAAGGCGAGAUUGAAGUUGCUGCGUGGUUUUUUCUUCUACUUGAAGAAUGUUGCUCGUGCUGGUUCUUUCAAGCCUUGGUUGCCAGAGAACCAAAAGAAGCUUGGACAAAAGAAGCAAUGCUUGCAACCAUAAGGGGCUGUGUAGUGAAUCUUUUGGGUUAAAUAAGCAGGUUGGUGUUGUUUUGAAUCAGUGUAUUGUCUUGUUUCUUUUGUAGUUGUUGUUGGAUGACAAUAUGAUUCAGAGUAGUUUAUUGUUCUCCAAGAAUCUGUUAUUAUUGAUGCAAGGUCUCAGACUCUUGUUCUCAUAAGACUAAAACUAGAUUAUGCAAUUUAAUUGAGUUAAAAGGAGGGUAAUAAUCUGUUAUAGUAAAGCAGGGUGAUGUAGUUUUGAAAAAGUGUAUUGUCUUGUUUCUUUUGUUGUUGUUGUUGUUGGAUGACAAUAUGACUCAGAGUAGUAAUCUAAUAUUAUUGAUGCAAUGUUUCAGACUGUUGAUCUCAUAAGACUAAAACUGGAACUAGAUUAUGAAAUUUAAUUGAGUUAAAAGGCAUUAGAUUUGAGGAUGAUGGCGUUGGGGGUUUGAACUCUGAAUGUUGAUUUAAAUAACUUUCUUAUUUAAUAAGAAAAAAACUGAGAAGACAAGAUUGUUAUGCUUUCUAAACUAACAGAGAGAACAAGCAGUAACCAACAUCAGACCAUGAUUAUCGGGGUUUCUUAAUAUGGGUUUUUAAGUUAUUGAGGGAUUUAAUUAAAUCAAAACAAAAUCAAAAAGCUGUUACCGAUCCUUGAGAAAGGAUUUUGAUAACCGAUUACUAAGACCAUGAUUAUCGGGGUUUCUUAAUAUGGGUUUUUAAGUUAUUGAGGGAUUUAAUUAAAUCAAAACAAAAUCAAAAAGCUGUUACCGAUCCUUGAGAAAGGAUUUUGAUAACCGAUUAGGGUUUUUUACUCUACGUGUCAGCAAACCAGAAGAAACACAUUUAUUUUUUCUUUUUUUCCUUUUCUCUUUUCUCUUGUUUUUUCUCCGUCUUCUCUGAUUCUCAGCCAGACCAAUCCGAUUCUCCGCCAGACCACGAUCGUGUCUUACGCUCCGACGAAGAUCGUGUCUGCAAUCGCUGCGAUUUGUGGUGUGGACUAAGUUGGCUUUUGAACAGGAUCUAUGGAUCGUUUGAGAAGCCGUCGGAGAAGGAGAAGGGGUAUGUGUUUCCCAGGGCUGAUGGUGAAAAUGGUGAAAACUGUCACGUGAGAAGACUUGGAAGAAGAGCUUCGUCUGCUGGCAUCUUACAGAGGCCAAACACUGACAAAAACUGUGAGAGGCAUGAUGUAUUACCGAAAGGCUUUGGAGCUCCAGGCCUUCCUUGAUAUGGCAAAGGAUGAAGGUGCCUCACGAAACUUUGUUAUGAUUACUUCUAAAACCUGUGUACAAAUUCCUGAAUCUGCUUUGCUAAAAGAGAGGUUCAAGAUGUUCAAUAUGCAAUUUGAUGAGUUGCAUCAGAGACAAUCACAAUGGACAGUUCCAGACACAUAGCUAAGAGAGUCACUAAGACUUGCUGUUGCUGAAGUAUUAUUGCCUGCUUAUAGAUCAUUCCUCAAACGCUUUGGGUAAAAUCCUUGGAAACGAGUUAUUUCUCUUUUGUAUAACGUUUACGUAUCAAGCUUUGAGCUAAAACCUGAUCUCUGUCAGAAAGUAUCAAGCUUUGAGCUUGAUGAUUCUCUAGUUCAUUGUGUUCUUCCAAGAUUUGAGGUAGCAGAUGGAGAAGUUCAAAGAGAAUGUGGUAAAGGUGUCACUUCUUCUAAAGCUCUUUGUGGUCACAUGGCUUGUCACUUUGAGAGAGAGAAGAGGGUGUCAUGUUCUCAUUUUUUUCAGGUCAAGAAGAGUGUAAAGUCAUCAGUCAUCAGUCACGGACUUGUGUAGUAAUCACUUGUGCAAUGCUUACGUACUAACUCUUGUAGUCUUGUAUUCUUGCAAACUCUUGUAGUCAUCAGUCACGGACUUGUAAAGCUUUGUGUCUAUAUAAACUUGUGAACUCUUGUAGUCUUGUGAACUCUUGUAGUCUUGUCUAUAUAAACUGUGUAUACCAAACUUUUAUUCACAACACAACACUCUUCUUCAUUCA